UGGUCCUCCUGGGUUCCAGCACGCGGUUCCAAAAAUCUCUGGCUGCAUUCCGAACAGAAACAUUUCUUCUUCACUUUCAAGAAGGGGCAGCUGUAGAAUAGCAACCAACAUGUCUGCGCCCCCGGGGACGCCAGAGCGGCGGAAGAAGGUGUUGAGAGUGCUCUUCACGUCGCUACUCUUGGACCUCAUCUCCUUUACAUUCAUCCUCCCGCUAUUUCCCAACCUCAUCGAAUUCUACCGCGGCCACGAAUCCCGCCUCUCCACCACCACUCCCACCCUCCUCUCCCACGUCCUCUCCCUCCUCAACGCCUACAAAAACGCCUUCGCUCGCCCCAUAAACGACCGAUACGACAUUGUCCUCCUCGGCGGCGCCCUCGGUUCCCUCUUCUCCUUCCUGCAAGCCCUCGCUUCCCCCAUCAUCGGCCUCCUCAGCGAUAAAUAUGGCCGUCGCAAAGCCCUACUGUGGAGCAUGGCAGGCAACAUCCUCUCCGUCGCACUGUGGGUCGCCGCAACCGACUUCCGGACCUUCCUACUCAGCCGCAUCGUCGGUGGGCUGAGCGAGGGCAAUGUCCAGCUCGCCAUGGCGAUUGCGACGGAUAUCAGCGACGAGGGGCAGCGGGGCGCGACAAUGGCCCUGGUGGGUGCGUGUUUCAGCAUUGCGUUUACGUUUGGGCCGGCGCUGGGGGCGUGGUUGAGCACAAAGACGACGUUUGCGCAGAAUCCGUUUGUCGGGGCCGCGGGGUUUUCGUUGGUGCUGAUCCUUGUCGAGACGGCGUAUUUGUAUGUUGCGUUGCCGGAGACGCUACCGUCGGCCUCUGCGAAAGAGGAGACGGAGAAGGUGAAGGAAGGCGGGAACGCGAGGCUUGCAAAUGGGACCAAACCCAAAGAAACCGCCACUCCUGUUCGAAGAACAAACUCGCAUCUUCUUCUCAACACUACACACUUCACCUUUCUCCUCUUCUUCUCCGGCAUGGAGUUCUCCCUCCCCUUCCUUACAUGGGACCUCUUCUCCUUCCGCUCCUCGGACCAAGGCCGCCUCCUCGGCUUCAUCGGCCUCGUUGCCUCCAUCCUGCAAGGCAGCGUCGUGCGCCGCCUACACCCUCUACGCGUUGUCCAGCUAGGGGUGAGCAGUUGCGCUGUGGCGUUUUGGUUGCUGGGAAGUGUGCAAAGCGUCCGCGGUCUGUACGCUGCGGGCGCGCUUUUGGCGGUGACGAGCGCGACGGUGGUGACAGGGUUGAAUAGCCUGAGUAGUUUUGAGGCCGGGGUCGGGGAGAGGGGAGUCAAGUUGGGGAACCAUAGGAGUUUUGGACAAGCAGGGCGUGCUCUCGGGCCACUCAUCUUCUGCACAUUGUAUUGGUGGGCUGGGCGCGAGACGGCGUAUGCCAUGGGUGCGGCAGGUAUGGUCGGUGUGUGCGCGUUGGUGUUUGGGGGGUUGAGAAUCCCGCCUGGGACAGAACGCGUGGGCAAGAGUGCUGUCAAAGGGAAGACACAAUAGGCGAAAGGGGCAUGGUACAGUUGUUGGGCGGCAAACUUAUCAACAAGUCUGACGGGUUGCAUCUUAGAGAUUUUUAGGCGCAUCGUGAUAGGAGUCCGGUUAUGGUAUAUAGAUUCUGGCUUUCACGGAUGAAUAUGGCACAAAUGACAUUUGAUCGU